GCAUAAUAAGGAAAGAAGUGAACAUCUUUUCCAACCUAAUUGAGCUUCUGUUUUUAAGCAGCCCUUCUCUUCAACUUGAGGUGCAUUAGAAGGAAGAAGGAAACAAGAGGGAGAUUCGAGAAAUGGGAAGGGAUGCAAUGGCUACCGAGGCGCCCAUGGCGCCCGUAACUAGAGAAAGAAGAGUCCGAGAUGAUUUGGAAGAGAAACUUCCUAAACCUUACUUGGCUAGAGCAUUGGAAGCCACGGAUACCGACAAUCCCAAUGGAACUGCAGGACAUAAUAACAAUGGCAUGUCUGUUCUUCAACAACAUGUGGCAUUUUUUGACCAAAACAAAGAUGGGAUCGUUUACCCAUGUGAGACUUACAAAGGUUUUCGAGCAAUCGGUUUCAAUCCAAUCAUCUCUCUCAUUGCUGCAAUUGGGAUCAAUGUAGCAUUUAGCUAUCCUACACUCCCAGGAUGGCUUCCAAAUCCUCUUUUUCCCAUAUACAUAAAGAACAUACAUAAAGCCAAGCAUGGAAGUGAUACUGCAACCUAUGACACUGAAGGAAGGUUUAUGCCAGUGAAUCUAGAGAACAUGUUCAGCAAAUAUGCUCGAACAAUUCCGGACAAGAUGAGCUUUUGGGAGAUGUGGAGUAUGACCGAGGGAAACCGGGUUACAUUCGACUUGUUUGGCUGGAUUGUUGCAAAAUUUGAGUGGAUAUUACUGUAUGUUCUUGCCAAGGAUGAGGAUGGAUUUCUGUCGAAAGAAGCGGCGAGGCGGGUGUAUGAUGGAAGUAUAUUCGAGUAUUAUGCAAAAGUGAGGGGAAAUGCUGGGGAAAAGAUGAACUGAGGAAGAUAUAUGGAUAUGUUAUGCCCUUCGCUAUAGUGUUUGGAAGUUGCAACCUUAUGCAGAAUUAUGUGUGUUUCUAAAUUUGUUUCAUGAAAUAAUUGCAUAAUAUGGGUUUAGUAUAGCCAAAAUAAAAAGAUGUGCAAAGUGCUACCUGUAAUUGAUAUCAGGUUAUGUAAGUUCAUCUGUAAAUUAAAACUGUUAGUUGUACCCACAGGAAUCAAAUAAUAAGGCCUACGCAAGUUGCUAAUGUAUAUUUGA